GCACUAUUAAUUGUUUACCAUUUUAUGGCAAAGAAGCUGCAGCUGAAAUUUUGACAUUUCUCUUCGUUCUCGCGACAUGAAAAUGUUAAAUUUAAUAUAAAUUGCUCUCUCCACCGGACCUGCAGCCUGAAAAUGGACACGCAGUCGUUGAUUAUCACAAGCAACGACGAAACCCCUGCGGGGACCGUCUUCUCAACCCCCGAGGGUCACUACGUCAUGACUCUGCCUUUGGAAGACAUCGGGGACAACAGGCAGGGAAUCAUCAACGUCCCCCUGAUUAUCAACGCCGACGGUAGCAUCAGUGCAGCCAGCAAUAUUCAAAUGGACUCCGUUGAGUCCAACACCAUCAGCAUUGAUGACUCGAGUAUGGUCAUCAAAACCUCCCCCAUGGACAAAAUGAAACAACAAUCUGUUUUCUCAUCAGGGACUCAGCUUGUGCUUGUAACUGAUGAAACGCUUGGUCAGCGAAUGAUUCUCACAACUACGGAUGGCAAGCUAGAAGGUGCUUUUACCCUUCAGCAGCCUCAAAUCACCAAUACCACUAUCGAGAUCAACCCUCUGACCAACAUAACGUUCAGUGCUCCAAAUCAGCAGAGAGUCACAGAACUUAAUGUAGGAACAAAUUUUCUCAACACCACAGCUCAGAUAGUGCAGCAAAUUGACCAACCUGUCCAGGAGGAAAUACAAUAUAUUACUAGCACUGCUGUGCAUCGUCCAAUUGUGGAAGAAGAGAACCGACCUCCUAUUGCUGGUCCUCAUAGAUGUAAAGUUUGCCAUGCAGACUUUAAACAAUGGGCUCAAAAAAGAAAACAUGAAUUAAAACACAUGAUGGACAAACCGUACCAGUGUCGGAAAUGCUCUUUUUCAUUUAAUUUUGAACUUAAUCUGCAACUUCAUGAAGUUGUUCAUCUUGAUGGGCCAAUAUGGUCAUGCCCAAUUUGUGAAAGGAAAUUCAGGAGACUAGCAGGAUAUAAAGCACACAUUUUCAUUCACGAAAAAGAGGAGAGCCUAACUUGUGAAUUGUGCGGGGAUGAAUUCCCUACUCAGAAAUAUUUGGAUUUGCACAUAACCGAGAAUCACAAAGAAAAUGGGGAGCAGUUUGAUGAUGUUUCAAUUAGUUACGAAUGUACAAUGUGCAAAAGAAUCUUCAGCAGCUGCACCGAAUUCAAGACUCACAUGAAAGACCACACUAAGCUGCAGAAAAGCCUAAAAAUUUCUCAGCCUAGAAAGCCCGUUGGGGGCCGACGAUUGGGAACUCACAAGUGUAACUUGUGCGAUAAGAGAUUUGCUAAACCUUCCUUACUCAAGAGGCAUUGGUUGACUCAUAGUGGGGAGAGACCACACAAAUGUGAUAAGUGUGACCAAGCAUUUUCCCAAAGAGGCUCUCUGCUGCUUCACCAGAAUCUUCACAAGGGAGAGAAACCUUACAAGUGCACUUUUUGCACUGCAACGUUUGUUCAAAGAGGCAACCUAAGAUCUCACAUAUCUCGCACACAUGCUAUUGCUAAAGUCGGAGAGUUUCUCUACCAAUGCCAGUUGUGCACCUGCAAGUUCAAGAAGGUCGGCUCCCUUAACACCCACGUCACAAGAUACCACUCAGGAAGCUCAGAGGUUCAGAAAGCUCAAGAGGAGCCAAAGAUGACACCUGGUGAUUCAGACAUUCUUCAACAAGCAAUUGCUCAGAGCGGACUUGAAAAUGCUCAGUCAACUAAAGCAGAAGCAGCAGCACCGGCAGGAAAAGUGCAGAUUGUCGCUGACAGUACAGCUGAUGGAUCUACUAGACACUAUCAAAUCAAAGUUCGACGACAUGGAGGUUUUCGAUGGCACCAAUGCAUGCAUUGUGUCAAGGAGUUCAAGAAGCCAUCUGACUUGAUAAGACACCUUCGGACUCACACAAAUGAGAAACCUUACAGAUGCUAUUUUUGCCAAAAGAGCUUUACAGUCAGGAGUACGUUGAGUGUUCACCUACACACGCACUUGCCACAAAAAACUGCGGAAUGCUCGAUUUGCCAAAAAAAAUAUUCUACCGCUGCCUCUCUUGCAGUUCAUCUUAAGAGCCACGUCAAUGCUGCAAAGACUAAUACGUGUCUUUAUUGUGAGCAAAUUUAUCCCACAAACAAAGAGCACCACCAUUGCGAGGAGCAAAAAAGGCAGAUUCUUGAGAGAAGGCGGAAUAAAAUUCAGGAAAAUAAGCUACUGGAGGAAAAACUGAAAGAGUCCUUGCCUUAUUUGCAUGAUCCCCUGUUUGCUUCUGAGAAGGGAAUUGUGGCAAUCAACAGGAAAAAAGGCUCUUCCUCUAACCGACCUGAAGAUUACGCAGAGCGCCCUUACAUGUGUACCCGAUGCAGUUGCCGCUUCAAAAAGUUAUCGCACUUGAAAUCACACGAAGAGUCCCAUGAUGGAAUCAAGAAAUUCCUCUGCGAUGACUGUGGAAAGGCCUUCACUUCAAAACCAGCUUUGAAACUCCACAUUGUUGCCAUUCAUACAAAAGAUGGCAAGACAUAUGAUUGCAAUGAGUGUAAUCUGAAGUACACAUGUUGGGGAAGCUUAAAAAGGCACAUGCUUUGCCAUGCUCCACACAAGUCAUACUUCUGUCCUUAUUGCGAGAAACAAUUCUCCUACUCAUCAGCGUGUAGGCAGCACAUUAAAACCCAUGCCAAAGAAGUGAUCAUCAAUUCGGAACGAAGCAAGCACAACCUAAAGGCUGCAGUUUUUGUAUCCAAGGUUGAUCCGUUGACCCAGACUCAAACUGUGGUCGAAUUUGUGGAAGCUGUAGAACAAAGAACUCUCUCUGUUAUAAAUCCUCCAGGCAAUACUUUCGAUCAACCAAUUAUGGCUAAAUAUGAAAUUCAAGUCCAGCAGGAGCCUGCCUCACCUGAAAAGAUGCAUAUCAGCGAGGCUUCCAAGGCUGUAGCUGAAGCUAUUCCUCAACUCUUGAAUGCCGCUGUCUCGGGGGACUUGAAUUUGAAUAUGGUUGCAAAGCAAAGUUCCAUACAUGGCAUUGGAAAGUCCAUCGAGGAGUAUUCGCUUCUAGGAGACCAAACUGGGGUUUCUUCUGGUCAGGGUUUGGUCCCUGUCGAAGCAGGAGUGUUCAUACAAGGAUUCGAUGGUCAAACUUUAGAUCCAAAUUUCUUCACUGGCGGCAUUCCUAUACAGACUGACCCAAUUGAAAUGGGCACUUUAACUAAGAUGUUGGCCUCUACUGCUGCACCAGACACUGUAUCGCAUGACGACCUUGCGCAAUAUUCGUGUGACAUUUGCAAGAAAAUUUUCAUGGAUAAUGAAACGUAUAAACUGCACUAUGACGAGGAGCACUCAUUUGUUUGUGAAUACUGCGACCAAAAGUUUGAAACUGAAAAGAACUUGAGAGGUCAUAUUUCUGUUCUGCAUGAAGCCCAUAACUCAUCAUCAGAAGUAUAUAAGUGCGUACAUUGCUGCUCGGUUUUCAAGAAACCAAAGCAACUACAGACACACAUAAAUAAAAUGCACGCCCACUCAAGAUCAAUCCUGAAGUCUCGUGUUAAGGUUCUCCCCAAAGAAGAAAUAGCAGAUUUAGAGGGACUAGAAGAAAUAUCUCCAUUACAAAAGAAAGAGAUGGCGCGAAGGUUAACCUUAGAGGAGGCUAAUGACAUGGCAAAGUCUUUGAUUGGAUGUCCAAAAACUUCAGUGUCCGAAAAUGUUUUUCUCCAAAGCCUGAAGGAAGUAACUGUGAAAGAUGAAUUAGAGACAACUGAGGAUCAAAGUUCAUCAAGCUAUAUUAAUCGCUGCCACCUUUGCCCAAAAAGCUUCAAAAAGCCCUCCGACCUCAUAAGGCAUUUGAGAACACACACAGGCGAGAAACCAUUUGUUUGCUCACAGUGUGGGAAAGGAUUUGCAGUCAGAUCAACCCUAGUUGCACACUGGCAAAUCCACAAAAAGCAUGCUACUGCAGCAUUGCCCUGCCACAUUUGCCAAGCGAAAUUCUCCAGCAAGGGUUCUCUCAGAGUCCACAUGCGAAUACACACAGGUGCACGGCCUCUGAAGUGUAUGCACUGCCCUCUCAGUUUCCGGACUUCUGGUCAUAGAAAGGCGCACAUUUCUGCUGCUCAUAAAGCACUUAACAAGAAGAGUGCACCCGAAGAGGAGGUUGCUUUGAACCGGUUGCCCAGCAUUCAAGAAGAACCUGAGCUUGAACCUGAGGCAGAUGGGGUCAUGGAGGUGGAAGAAGCGGUUUCCACUUUGCACCAGGAUCAAGACCAGACGGAUGUUCAAAUUCCCAUUCCCAUCAACAUGGAGUCGUCCGAGUUCCUCCAACUCGACGAGAACAUCAUUCAGCAAGUCCACUCGGGCAACUUCAUUCUCUACCCCUCCGACUCGGACGGUUUCAUCAGAUUUGAAGUGUUUUCAGACAUAACCGGGCAGCAGCUCAUUGGUGAAAUUGCUGGCUCCAAUAUCGAGGUGCCACAGCCAAAGGAGCCUGACGGCAAAUCAUGUCUGGUUUGUGGCAAGUCGUUCAACAAGCCGAGCCAACUGACGCGGCACAUGCGAAUCCACAGCGGCGAAAAGCCCUUCCCAUGCAACUUGUGCGAAAAGAGAUUCAACCAAAAGAAUGCUUUGAAUGCGCACCUCCUCACGCACACUGGGAUUAAAAAGUACGGCUGCGAGUUGUGCGGAAAAUUCUUCACCCAGGCGGGUAAUCUGAAAGUGCAUGUCAAGCGAACCCACAAGUCCGAAACGACACUUUAGAAUGCUAAGCAAAUGUGAUAUAAUCUUAGCACCUUCAAAUUACUAUUAAAAUGAACUAAAAUUAUUGCUGACAAGUGAGAAUGAAUGUUAUGAUCUAAUUACAAGCGCCUUAAUAAUGAUCAACAUACUUUGUAAAUGGUAAUGAAAUCUUGUCUAUUCUAUAUGAGUUCAGCCUUCCUUAAACUAAGAAUAAUAAAAAUCAGCGUAUUAAAAAUAUUAAUUUAUUUAGCAGUUUUA